AUGACUACAUCAAAUCUCUCCCUGUUAAAAUUUCCACAAAUUCAUCCGGUAAAAUCAGAUAAUAAAGUUCAGACUAAAACAGGUACAACUUCAUUUGAACAAUGGCGAGCUAGUAUACACAAACAAUUAGAAGAAGACCUCCAACGUAAAGUUCGUGAAGUUUUAGAAGAAUCAGAGAGACAAGAACGACUUGCAAAAUUAAAAUAUCGUCGACAUGCAUUUGAAAUAAUUUAUGUCGAAGAAUGUCCGAUUAAUUGA